AUGUCCUCAGUCACCCUUCCUGCUGCGGCUGCAGCAACGCUUACUACUGCAGCAACUGGCGCUGCGGCAGCAGCUAGUGCUGCUGCGCCUGCUGGUUCUGCUGGUGAAGAGAAACCGAAAUCUGCAACGUUAAAUGGCCACGCCGCAGCAAAGGCUUCUAGGGUUCCUAACCUGGAAGCAGCAGCAGCUGCCGCAGAUGCUGCAGCUGCUGCAGAUGUUGCAAGUACAUCAGAUGCAGCAAGCGCAGCAACUGGAGCAAGCGCAGCAGAUGCCGCAGAUGCAGCAGCAGCGGCAGAAUGGCCCGAGGGUUUGCUGCUGCAAUGGGCAAACCGUUACCGCUUGCGGAGCCGCUGUCCGCUGCGUCGGCAGCAGCUGCAGCAGCAACCUUGGCCACUGCAGCAGCUUCUGCUGCAGCAGAUGAUAGACGUCGUCGAUGCUGCUGUGGAUGCUCUGGCCUUUCAGACGGGGCACAUGCAGCAGCUGCUAGAGCUGCAGCGGAGAGAGGCGGAGCAGCACGAGCCCUGGUGCCCUGUUGCUGCUGCUGCUGCUGCUGCGCGGGAAGCAGCAGCAGCAGCUACUGCUGCUGCGGCCCUUGAGAGCGACACAGACACCGCCCUCGGGCGCUGCAAGCGGCCCAAGCCACGCAGCAAGGUGCAGCAGCGGCAGCGGCUGCAGCAGCAGCACUGCAAGGAGCUGCUUGCUGCAGCAGACGCUCAUCCCCUCGACAGCAAACUUAGGGCUGCGCUGCUGCUGCGGCAUCAGCACCCCUUUGACCGCUGCACUUGCGCAGCCGGGUGCAACUCAGCAGCAGCAGCAGCAGGAACUGCAGCAGCAGCAGCGCCUGCAACGGAAACGCCUGCUGCAGCAGCAGCAGCAGCAGCAGACGCAAUAUGCGGCAACCGGUACAGCAGCGACGAGGUGCUGCCGCCUGCAAGUGAGUGCUGGCCCCCCCGGUGUACGUACACCUCAUUCCCGCCUCCUGCUGCUGCUGCUGUCGAGCCGCUGCGGCUGCUGCGGCCUCCUGCUGCUCACCAGACGCUAACAGGCCUUUCAUCUUAUUGCGAAUUGGCUGUUGCUGAUCCCUGGACAGUUCGCUGCUGCAGCAGCACCAGCAGCAGAAGUGCUAAGCCCCUGCUGCUACCGCUGCCCGUCGUAGCCACUGCAGCACCCCCUCCCCUUACCCACCUCGCCAUACCCAAGCUGGAGCCGUGGCUGCAGCAGCUGCAGCAGCUUCUUGCUGCUGCUGGAGCCCCAAGGACAGCUGCAGCGCCUGCUGCAGAGGUCAAACAGCAGCAGAGCAACGGCUACCUUGGUGCAGCAGCUGCAGCGCCCGGGGCUCGGGCAGCAGAGGCAGCCGCAGACGCUGCUGCAGCAAAAAAGCCAGCAGCAGAUACUGCUGUUACAACAGAGCCAGCAGCCGACACUGCUGCUGCAACAGAGCCAGCAGCAGCAACAGAAGCAGCAGCAGCAACAGCAGCAGCAGAAGCGCCUGUGGGCUACCACGUGGUAAUUGUUGGGGGCGGCGUCGCCGGGCUUGCAGCAGCAGCAGUGCUGCGGCUCUUUGGGGUGUCUGUGCUAAUUGUGGAGGCAGGGCAGCAGCUGGGGGGCCGCGUGCGCACUGCUGCAAUGGAGACCUUAGCAGCAGCAGGGACGCAGCAGCAGCAGCAGCAUGACCUCAAGCAACUGAUGCUGCCGCCCAAUCGCAUGAAGACAAGCGCCGCAAAAACCAGAGAGCCCCGCUUCUGGAAGUAUGUGAUGCCUACAAGCCCGAAGCAGCAGGCCGUAGCAGCAGCAGCAGCAGCAGCAGGAGCAGCAGAGGAGGCGGGAGGUAGACGCACACGCUCGCAAAAACGAGCGGCGAGAGCAGCAGCAGCAACAGCAGCAGCAGCAGUAACGGCAGCAGCACCAAACGCAGCAAAGAAACUUGCUCGAGGCCCGGUCGAGCCCGCGUGCUCCCGCAAGCCGCGUAGCAGCAGCAGCAACGGCAGCAACUGCAACGGCAUUCACGAGGCCAGUGACGGCCUCAACGGCAGCAGCAAGAGCAGCAAGGAGCGCAGCAGCAGCGACGGCAGCAGCAAAUCAAUGAGCCCUGGUGGCACUUGCCUGCGCAUUAAGGAAGAUGGGCCCGUGGAGGCUUGGGAGGUGAUAGACGAAUGUUGUUUUGUGCUACAGCAAAUGUUUGGGCUGUCUGUACAGCCGAAACCUUUGCGCGCGUUUGUUACCAGAUGGGAUGAAGACCCUCUUUUCAAGUGCGCCUACGGAUACCCCUCAAAGUACGUGGAGGCUGAUGAGCAAAGGCAAAUGGCCCUGCCGAUUCCUUGGUGCCCUCGUCCAGCCACCGUCGCCGCAGCGGACCCUCCAAUUCUGCAGCAAGUGCUGCAGCUCAUGCAGCAGCAGCAGCAGCAGCAAAGUGACACACAGAGUCUCGAGCCCUCCACAGAGAAUCCACUCGCUGGAGAGCCACAGCGGGUGCAUGUAACCGCAGCGAAAUCGUCUUCCCCCUCCCCCGCAGCAGCAGAAGCUGCAUCAAAAGCAGCAGCAGUAGGAGCUGCACCAGCAGCAGCAGUCGCAGAGGCGUCAACGGCAGCGCAAACAGCGGCAGCAGCAGCGGCACCAACAGCAGCAGCAGCAGCCAGAUUUGAAGGCUGUCUGAGUGACGCUCGCAUAUUCUUCUGCGGUGAACACACUUCAGAUUUCGGGCAGCAGUGUGUUCACGGAGCGAUGCAUUCGGGUGUACGUGCAGCUGCAGAGUGUCUCGCAUCGCUGUUUGGAGUUGACUUUCUUCCUUGGACACUCAGCAGCUGGGGAGAGCAGCAAAUUGCUGCGGAUGCUUCUGCUGCGGAAAAGCAGCGAGCAGGCGCUGCUGCUGGCGCUUCUCCUGCUGCUGAAGCUGCAGAGGCUGGCGUCUCUUCCGGGAAUAAGGAGGCCGCACGCCCUGUGUCGACAGCGUCAACGGCAGCAGCAGCAGCUGCAGCAACAGGCAAGCCAGAUGAAUGGCACAGCUGGUGGUACAGCAGCGACCCGUCCUACUGCUGGGGCCCCUCAGCCAAAGACACGCACAGCCAGCACUUUGACACGGCGUUGCAGAGGCCAGUGCCACGCGAGCAGCGAAAGCAGCGGCUGCUGCAGCUGCUGCGCUGCCUGCAGCAGCAGGAGCAGCACAGGCAGGAGCAGCAGCAGCAGGAGCUGUAG